ACUUGCCGAACCGACUGCUGUUGUUGUUGCGCGUGGUCUUGGCAUUCCCAAACGCUUCGAGAAUCGGAUUGGAUUCCAGCACGCGAUGCCGAAUGACCGAGUUGUCCUGUGCGCUAGUGUCGGCGGCGGCUGGCGUGGAGAUGGACGCGAGGUAGGUCAGGAGGAUCUUGGUUGUCUCGGUCUUUCCGGCCCCCGACUCGCCACUCACAAGGAUGUUGUGGGGUUCUUCGUGCGCUCGCAUGGCUCGAUACGCUCGCUCAGCCACUUCGUACACAUGUGGCGGCAACGGCAAUGACGGUGGCGAUGCGUACGUGGCUUGGACGGCGGAAGAAUACAGGUGCGGCAGCGGGUGGCAAGGAUUCACGGCCACGAGAAUGGAACCUGUGCGGGUAUAUACGAGAUUGCUGGCAUAGCGCAGGGCGAGAGCGUGCAGAAUGGCAGGUUCAUGCAAAUGCACCAACGACGCCAGGUCGUCCACGACCGCAUCGUUUGCGUCGUCGGGGUGGUGGCAAGGGUAGACAGCCGACGGUUCGGCAUCGACGAUGACCGCCAUGUCGUUCGAUUCGACUGAGCACUGGAUACACGAAUCCUUGACGUGAAGCACUUGGCCCUCGAGCCACGUUCCUUCAAGGUACACCCAUACAUGCGCUCCGACCUGCAUGACCACGCGCUACGCACAAGUCGGCAGCGGCAGAGUGAGCGAGUUUGCUGUUGUCACACGGCAUCUGCGAUUUUGAAAACAAUUACUAUAGGGGGGCCCCAUCGAAACAAACCCUGAAAUGGAGUGGGGGGGUCUACAAUAUCCGGAUACCAGUGACCAAGAUACAAGUUACACACGAAAGGACACGUGACAGAGAAAGGGGCAAGUUGAAGUACUAUUCGUAACAUUCGUGAUGCAGACGCCAUCAAUCGAGCUUGUCUAGCUCAGUAACUCGAUUUAGGUCGCUUCCGUUUUUGAAAUGUGAGAAUCACCGGCUUUGGCCCGUGUCGCAGUUGAUGGAGAAGCUCCGAGUACGCCAGUUCCCGCACGCUUUGAUGGUUUACUUUGACGAGUUUGUCACCUCGGGACACUCUGAUGUCGCCCAGCAUCUGCCGCUUCGUCAACACGUUCGUGCCUGGCUGGUUGACCCGCACAACCUUGGGGUACAGACCCGUGGGGGUCUGCGACAGCGCUAGUCCCAGCUUCCCGGCGUCCCACACCACAUGAUACAAAAACGAUCCGUCCAGCAAGGUCAAUGUGGACGUCUCGUACGUGUCCACUACGGAUUCGAACGUGAGCACGAGCGGCCUCGCGGCGUCCUUAAGCAGGCCCAGCGCUAUGCUAAACUCCACGCGGCGGAUGUCGAGUCCGUUAAGCGCGAUCAAGACGUCUCCUUCGUGGAGGUUGAUCAUGCCGGGGUUGUCGUAGUGGCUGAUCUGGCCCACUUGCGGCACUUUGAGCGUCGGGUGCAUGCGAAGGGUCACGCCCAGCGUCAUACUUGCCAGCCACAGCACUUCCACGGCCUUUGCGUUGGACGAGACCGACGGCGGAGUGGCUCCGGAUGAUCGAGUUCGAGGUUUGUCGAACCGAAACGUUGUGAGCAACGGCACGGGCGGGAGAAAGUGCAAAGUGCCGUGGGGGCCCUGCAAGUCCAGCGUCGACUGGACAAGCGGGGGCUGAUUGUUAAUUGCGACAAGGAUAUCUCCUCUCUCGAUCGAUUGAAUGUCCACGCACUGGCUGAGCGUCGGGUGAACGCUGUGCACGACAAACAACCCAUCGUCGUCGCGGCGCUCAAAGCACACGCCGAGCUGGUGGCUACGUUCCACAGCCACUUCGUAAGCAACGGCGGCAUUGGCCGACGAACUUUGCCGCCCAUUUCGCCCCAUCCAUCCGUAGUCGCUGUCACCAACUACAAUGCCAUCAUCCUCAGACUCAUCUUCGUCACUGAACUCGUCCAUGUGAACUGUCCUCCUUCCCCCUGUGUCUGGCGAGUUUUGCAUCUCAAACUGCUUCGAGUACUCCAAUACACUUGUGAGCUCCGACACGACGGGCCGCAUGGCGCGAUGCACGCGUCUAUGGUUGACCACCCGUCGGGCAAUGUGCAUCCGCAGCACCGUCUGGAUGCGGACGGCGGCGACGUGCCAUAUCCGGAUGCGGACGAGGUACCCCCUCACGACCUUUUGCACGAGCACCAUCGCGUGCCGGAGCUGGACGAACGCCCGUCGAAUCCGGACCAUCCGGAACGUCGAUUGGAUGGUCAGGAUGGCGGCGCGGCACCGCCGGUACUGCACCCGCGCGAGCCACCCGCGAAUCAUCCGCUGCAUGUCGAGCACUCGGUCCCCAAACAGCGACUCCCGGAUCGAAUUGAGUUGUUCGUACACGGACAACACCAUAAACACCUUGGUAAGUCCCAGUUGGAACGACGGCCGGCCAGGUUCUGUUGCGAGGACGACUGGCGGCUGGACUGGCUGCAUGAACGCGCCGGUUUCCAAGGCCUGGAUGAUCUCGUGCGCCGUGGCGCGGAGGUUAUCUGUCGGGGGCAGCCGGACGCCAGGACACAGACAUAUGUACGAGUGGACGAACGCCGCAUGCGAGAACCGAAGGGGGUACCCCGUGCGGGAGAUCUUGGCGGCUUCGAGCACCCCCGAGCACCGGAGUUGCUCGGCAACGCGGGGCUCGUCAAACACGUCGGGGCUCAUCAUGUCGUUGGGUUUCACGCACCGAAUGAAGUGGGGCUUCGUCGUGUGCAGCAACGCCAAGAGGUUGGCGAGUUGCGAUUUGAAUUUGUGCACAACCGUGGUGGCUUGGGGGGGUUUUGACGACGACGGCGCUGGUCGGGAGGUGACGCCAAACACUGAUCGAUACAAGUCGAUACACGACGACGCGAGGAACCCCAGUGCGUGGGCCUGUGCGUGGUCUUUGUUUUUAUCGCAAAAGCCGUCGCCAACGUAGGUGACGGCGCCAGCAUAAUGCACGAUUUGAAACUGCAAGAUCUUCUUUUGCAGCUGCGAUACGGUAAAGUGGGCAUGAUCACUGAACGCAGUAUAGAAACUCUGAAUCAAGUGCGCGUCGUUGCCCGUGGGAAGCCGCGACUCUUCGUCCAACAAUGGCAGCAGGCCCCACGGACGCGAUUCAAACAGUGUCACACACAGGUCGUUGUUGGGGUACGACAUGAACGACCACUCGAUGGCUUCUUGGACGUACUCGCGUUGCUCCAUGUCAAACACAAACGACGCAAACAGUUGCUGGAGCUUUUCAUUCGCAUAGUUGAUGCACAGCUGUUCCAGCGAGUUGGUCGCAAAGAUUUCAAACCCAAAAAUGUCCACAAUGCCAAUGAACCGGUCGGUGGUGUCCCGGGGCGCGUACUCGAUGGAUGUGUUGAUGCGCGCCACGAGCCAAUCAAACAGCUCCGCGUACAGCGUCUUGGCCACGCCGUCGCGGGUCACGAUGGCCUUGUCUGGGCUUAGGAGCACUGUAACUUGGUCUCCGCCGGCGAGAAUCGCCUUGGUCGUCAGACUUUGUGCCAGAGUUGGUUGGUCGACUCCCAGCAGCCGACUCGCCAUGGCCAGAGCAGUGCUCGAGGCAGCCGACACGACACUUCCCCCGCCGUCGCCGGCGUCAAAGUCGACGUUGCCGAGGUGCAAAAUGGCGGCGACGAGCUGCAACACAUCCCUUUGCUCGUCGUCGUCCAUGCCCAACGUCGCCAUGGCGUGCACGGUGUCGCGGUAGCUGGCGGCGUCCUCGACCCCGUCUUGUCGACACAUGCAGCCCGACUGGUUCAGGUAACGAAAUGAUUCUGGUGCGGCGAGGCCAUACGUGGCAGCCUCAUCGGCCGUCGCGCCGGCCAGAAGUUCGUAAAAUAUGUGGUAGUUGCGCUCGCCAGGUCCUUGCGACACGAGCCGGACACGCUCCAGGAGGUACGUGAGGAUGGACGCCCCCAAGAGAGACCCGUCGGGCUCAAACCCGAGUCGAAUGAACUUGCCGAACCGACUGCUGUU